GGCCACUGGUUGGAAAGGAGGAGUCAAGGAAGGAGAGAGAGACUUCAUCCAGGGUCUUCAACAUCACUCUCUUUUAUGUAACUCUCUCUCUCUCUCUCUCUCACUCUCUCUCUCUCUAUUACUCUCUCCAUCUUAGGAGUCAAGGAAGGAGAGUGAGACUUCAUCCAGGGUCUUCAACAUCACUCUCUCUCUCACUAUCUCUCUAUUCCUCCCUCCAUCAGGUGGAGUACAGUAUGUUUGAGGUGAAUGAGAACUACACGCGUGUGUCAGAGUUUGUGAUCGUGGGCUUCCCGGGGCUCCAUCCAUCCUUCUACCAGCUGGUGGCCUGGUUAUUCUUCUUCGUCUAUGUGAUCACGGUGGUGGGGAACAUCCUGCUGGUGGUGCUGUUUGCCCUGGAGCGCAGCCUGCAGAAACCCAUGUACAUCAUCAUGCUCAGCCUGGCUCUGUCAGAUAUAGGUUUUGCCACAGUGGCCCUUCCCAAAGUAAUAGCUCGGUGGUGGUGGGACGACGGGAGGAUCUCCUUCCAUACGUGUCUGUUCCAGGAACAAAUGAUCCACUACUUUGGAACACUCAACUCUCUCAUCAUGUUGACUAUGGCUAUGGACCGAUACCUGGCUAUCUGUCACCCACUCAGAUACCCUAUGUUGAUGACCAACCAGAUAAUGAGUGGUCUAACAGUCUUCUCCUGGAUGUCAGCCACAGUCUCACCUGCCAUCGGCACCAUAGACUUCACUAGGAAAGUAGCAUUCUGUGGUCCCAACCGAAUUCUCCAUGCCUACUGUGACGCUCUGUCCCUGACUAAACUGUCCUGCUCCGACAUGGCGGCGAUCCAGGGCAGCUCCGUUGGCCUGGCCUAUUUUGUGCUCCUCGUCCCCUUCUCCUUCAUCGUCUUCUCCUAUAUCAACAUCAUCGUCACCGUGAUGCGCAUGGCUAACGCACAGGGCAGGAUGAAGACCUUCUCUACCUGUGCUACUCAGGGCUGUAUCAUCCUUAUUUACUACAUCCCCCGCUUCAUAGUGUACUCUACACCCUACAUCCCCAACCUGAUCAUGACCCCUGACCUCCGCAUCGGCCUCACCCUUUUCUACAGCCUGUUCCCCCCGGUGGCCAACCCGUUCAUCUAUAGCUUCAGGACCAAGGAGAUCAGAGCCGUCCUGGGGCGCUGGAGACAGGGCUGGAGGAACAGGCAGACAGAACAGAGUAUACCCAAAACUGUGGCUGUUAUCACUAAAUGAAGGGUUAGGUUAUAACAUGUUAAUUCCGGGUUAAAACAUGUUAAUUUAGGGCUAUAACAGUUUAAUUGAUGGCUAUAACAGUUUAAUUCAGGGCUAUAACAGUUUAAUUCAGGGCUAUAACAGUUUAAUUCAGGGCUAUAACAGUUUAAUUCAGGGCUAUAACAGUUUAAUUCAGGGCUAUAACAGUUUAAUUCAGGGCUAUAACAGUUUAAUUCAGGGCUAUAACAGUUUAAUUCAGGGCUAUAACAGUUUAAUUCAGGGCUAUAACAGUUUAAUUCAGGGCUAUAACAGUUUAAUUCAGGGCUAUAACAUGUUAAUUCAGGGCUAUAACAUGUUAAUUCAGGGCUAUAACAGUUUAAUUCAGGGCUAUAACAGUUUAAUUCAGGGCUAUAACAGUUUAAUUCAGGGCUAUAACAGUUUAAUUCAGGGCUAUAACAGUUUAAUUCAGGGCUAUAACAUGUUAAUUCAGGGCUAUAACAGUUUAAUUCAGGGCUAUAACAUGUUAAUUCAGGGCUAUAACAUGUUAAUUCAGGGCUAUAACAGUUUAAUUCAGGGCUAUAACAGUUUAAUUCAGGGCUAUAACAUGUUAAUUCAGGGCUAUAACAUUUUAAUUCAGGGCUAUAACAUGUUAAUUCAGGGCUAUAACAGUUUAAUUCAGGGCUAUAACAUGUUAAUUCAGGGCUAUAACAGUUUAAUUCAGGGCUAUAACAGUUUAAUUCAGGACUAUAACAGUUUUAUUCAGGGCUAUAACAUGUUAAUUCAGGGCUAUAACAGUUUAAUUCAGGGCUAUAACAGUUUAAUUCAGGGCUAUAACAGUUUAAUUCAGGGCUAUAACAGUUUAAUUCAGGGCUAUAACAUGUUAAUUCAGGGCUAUAACAGUUUAAUUCAGGGCUAUAACAUGUUAAUUCAGGGCUAUAACAGUUUUAUUCAGGGCUAUAACAUGUUAAUUCAGGGCUAUAACAGUUUAAUUCAGGGCUAUAACAGUUUAAUUCAGGACUAUAACAGUUUUAUUCAGGGCUAUAACAUGUUAAUUCAGGGCUAUAACAGUUUAAUUCAGGGCUAUAACAGUUUAAUUCAGGGCUAUAACAGUUUAAUUCAGGGCUAUAACAGUUUAAUUCAGGGUUAUAACAUGUUAAUUCAGGGCUAUAACAGUUUUAUUCAGGGCUAUAACAUGUUAAUUCAGGGCUAUAACAGUUUAAUUCAGGGCUAUAACAUGUUAAUUCAGGGCCAUAACAUAACACACUAAACCCAACACUGCCUGUUAUCACUCGAUGACAAUCGCACACAAUUGGACCUGUAACAGUGUAAAAUAUCUGUUUCCACUUAUAAAUAGGACUUGUAUAGGCUACAGAAUCGUCUAAUCGCUCUGGCUUUGUUAGAUACUACUAUUCUCCAGGAAUAUGAUGGAGAUGAAACUAGACAUUCAAAUAGCAUCUUUAUAAAUCUCAUUUUCAAAAAGC